UGUUAUUGACACGAAUGAUAAAAAAAUUUCAAAAUAUAAAAUACAGAAACAUGAAUACAUUUCCAAAAAAUGUAUUAAAACCAGUCGAUAUUAAUAUAACAAAUAGUGAUUCAAAAAUUAUGCUAAGUUGUAGUAAACGAAAUCGGGGUGAUGAUGAAGAAAUGUUUGAUGACGAAAAUACACAAAAUAAUAAUACAAAGUGUCGAAAACGUUGGAGUUUAUGUGUAAGAAAAGAAGAAACUGAACAAUUGGCAGCUGAAUUGGGUAUAGGAAUGUUAGAAACUGAUGAAGUUAUGAACACAGAUUCAACAGUAGGUAGCGAAGACAAUCCUUCAACGUGGGACUUUGGUAUGGAAUUGAAUUUAGCUCGUAAUCAAGAAGUAGAUAAUAUUACACCAAGCUGUUCUCAACAUAAUAUUGUACUCAACAAAGAGAAUAUUGUAAUGGCAACAGUUCCUACCCCAAAAGUUCCUACAGAAACAGAACAACGGCGUGAAUUAAUGCGUGACAAUAAAGAAACUGAUGAAUUUUGUUUAAUACGACGUCGACCGAUACCCGUUAGUGACGCACCAGAUUUAAUAAAUAUGCUAUCUGAUGAAGUUCUGCUGCAAAUUUUAAAAUGGUUACCGAAAGCAUCGUUAAUUAAUUGUUCUAUGGUAUCAAAACGAUUUUGUCGGUUGUCGAGAGAUGAAUCGUUAUGGAUUCGAUUAGAUUUGAGUUGUCGGUCUUUGUAUCAUGGUGCUCUAGGUCAAAUAUUAGAUCGGGGUGUUCAAAUAUUUCGUGUUGCACAAACUGAGAUUGAUGAUCCAGCGAUAUUACCAAAUUCAAAAUCCUUUAUGGAAGAUUUUCAAUGUAAAUUACAAUAUUUGGAUUUAAGUAUGGCUGUUGUUUCCUUAGAUACGUUAACAAUGUUAUUUAAACGAUGUAGACAUUUAAAAAAGUUAAGUUUAGAAAAUGUUCCUGUAAAUACUGAAGUAUGUAAAUAUUUAAGUCAAAAUGAUUGUUUAGAAGUAUUAAAUUUAACAAUGGUCUCUGGUCUAAAUUUAAAUUGUAUGAAAUAUUUGUUAACAUCGUUAGUAAGGUUAAAAGAAUUAAAUAUAGGAUGGACACAAUUAAAUAAUCAAACAUUGAGCUACGUUUGUUUAAAUUUGCCAUUUUCAUUAACACGACUCAAUAUUUCAGGAUGUCGAAAAACAUUAUUAGAUAAAAAUGUUUUAGAUUUAGUAAAUAGUUGUCCAAAUUUACGUGAAUUAGACUUAUCAGAUUGUACAUCGUUAACAUCUUCAACAAUUGAUAUCCUUCAGGAUUUAGAACACUUACGAUUUUUAGCUAUGUCACGAUGUUACGCUAUUUCACCAGCUGCAUUUAAGAAAUUAAAACAUAUGCCACAUUUAGCAUCGUUUGAUAUUCAUGGACAUAUGCCAGAAGGAAUUUUAAUGCAUUUAAAAGAAUAUUUUGGUGAACAAAUUGUUGUUAAUAAAUUUUUAUUUAGUUCUGUAGCACGACCUACAGUUGGUAUUAAACGUACAUCGAUAUGGAAUUUACGUGUUAAAGAUUAACACGCGAUAAUUAUUUACAUUCCAUUAAUAAUUUAUUAUUAAUUUAAAUUUCGUAAAACGUUCCAAUAUUACAUUUUCUAUAAAGUAAAAACUAAAGAACCUCGCAUAGAUCCGUUUUUUGCUCAAUUCAACUUUAAAAUAUCUAAAAAUAUUUCUAUUUACA